AUGGACGACUCAUCAAGUCCUAUGGCCAAGGCAGCAAAACAGGAUGACCUGCGCAAGGUUUGGAGUUGGAACGCAACGGUGCCCGAAGCCGUAGAAGCCUGUGUUCAUGACCUGAUCGCAGAGCAUAUGGUGCCGGAAGCGGCUGCCAUAUGUGCCUGGGAUGGCGAGCUGACAUAUGCCGAAUUCGACGAGUUAUCAACACGGCUAGCACAUCAUCUCAUUGGAUUGGGGGUCGGACCGGAAGUUAUAGUACCGCUAUGUUUCGAAAAGUCGAUGUGGAUGCCGGUAGCGAUGUUAGGGGUGAUGAAGGCCGGUGGCGCAGGUUGUGCGAUUGAUGUCACCCAACCCAAAGCGCGGUUACAAGCAAUCAUGCACCAGAUACGGCCCCCUAUUAUACUGUCAUCGAUGGUAAACACGGACCUGACCAAAGGACUUCUCGACGAUAUUCCCGUUCUAGCUAUUGAUAGGGGGAGUUUGGAGCAGUUGCCCCCGACACCUUCGAACACUCUACCAUCAACAACAUACGUGAAACCCUCGAACACCUUAUACCUCGUAUUCACAUCCGGCAGCUCGGGAACGCCUAAAGGUGUGAUAAUUUCGCACAGCAACUUUAGCAGCGCCCUAGUUCACCAAACGCGUCAACUCGGGUUCAAAAGAAGUUCGAGAGUACUCGACAUGGCAUCUUAUGCCUUCGACGCGGCGUGGUAUAACGCAUUACACACAUUUUAUGCUGGAGGCUGUCUCUGUAUACCCUCAGAGAGCGAGAAGCGGAACGACUUGACAGGAUGUAUUCGUCGACUAAAACCAAACUUCAUGAAUCUUACUCCGAAGCUAUGUGAAGUCCUAGACGCGGCUUCGCUCCAAGGUGUGGAUAUGAUCGAAUUAGCUGGGGAGCAAGCAGAUGCCAGACAAGUCUCCCGAAUGAGGGAGGUGACGGCGGUGCGCUUCGCGUAUGGUCCGGCGGAGUGUUCGAUUCUCUCAACAGUUUCUCACGAAGAUGCAUCCUGCUCCAAUAUCGGUUUCGGACUUGGUGUGCGGACAUGGAUUGUGAGCGUCGAUGAUACUCAGACGCUAGCACCAGUGGGUAGUGUUGGGGAAUUAUGGAUUGAGGGCCCAUUAGUGGGACAAGGCUACCUGAAUGAUGAAGCCAAGACAGCAGAGACCUUCGUCGAAAAUCCCUCUUGGUUACUUAAAGGCGGGCCUGGAAUGCCUGGUCGGUCCGGUCGUCUCUACCGAACCGGAGAUCUCGUGAGAUAUAACCAAGAGGAUGGCUCGCUAUUGUUUGCUGGUCGGAAGGAUGCGCAGGUCAAAAUCCGCGGUCAAAGGGUGGAAUUGGAGGAAAUUCAGCAACAGAUAAUUAAAGGCCUUCCAGACACUGUCGAUACCCAAGUAGUAGCAGAUGUCAUCAAACCCAACGGAAGCGAUAGCGCGACACUUGUAGUAUUCUUAAAGGCUACGCCGGGAAUUGAAGCAGUAGUAGCGCCGCUGGAAGAAAAGCUAACAGCAGUACUACCCAGUUACAUGAUCCCAUCAGCUUAUAUCGCAGUUGACGAAAUACCCACGGGACAGACAGGCAAAACCGACCGUCGAAAGCUCCGAGAACUUGGCGCUACAUUCACCUUGGAACAUCUUGCCAAAAUCAACAUAGCUAGAGGUGAAUGGCAACAACCGCAAACUGUCGCAGAAAAGAAACUUCAAAGGCUUUGGGCAGCCGUGCUUGGGAUCGAUCCUAGUAUCAUCGGUGUGGCGGAUAGCUUUUUGAGAAUAGGGGGCGACUCUAUCAAAGCCAUGCGAUUGGUAGCGGCGGCGCGCGAAGACGGUCUAUCGUUGACAGUUGCUGAUAUUCUAAGGCGGCCUCGACUGGGCGAUCUAGCCUCCAUAGCGAGCCAUAUGCCGUUAGACGAAGCGACUAACGAGAUCAUAAAACCUUUCUCUUUACUUGAGAUAGAAGAGACGGAAGCACGAAAAUUGGCUGCUGGCAUUUGCGGUGUAAAAUCAUCGCAAAUCGAAGACGCAUUCCCAUGCACACCAAUGCAAGAAGGCCUUCUCGCAUUGACAGCUAGACGUCCAAGCGAUUACGUGGUGCGGAUCGCUCUAGAACUACGAUCAACGGUUGAUGCUGAUCGUUUUAGAUUGGUAUGGGAUGAGGUUGUUUCAAUGUCUCCGAUCUUGCGGACACGAAUUGUAGACCUCGGACAACGUGGCCUAACGCAGAUAAUAGUUACUGAGCCGACACAGUGGUACCUAGGAAACAACCUCGAGAUUUAUAUGAGGGAAGAAUCACAGCUCACCAUGGGAUUAGGAACGCCACUGACUCGGUUCGGAUUAGUCAGCGAGGAGAACAGUGGAAAGUGUUUCUUUGUAUACGCGAUACAUCAUGCACUUUGCGAUGGUUGGUCAGUACCAUUGCUGCUCGAAAUGGCGGACGAGAUUUAUCAAAGUAAAUCAAUACAGCCUUCGCCACCAUUCCAAAGAUUCAUCAGGGACAUCCGCAGUAUCGAUGACUAUUGCGCAGCAACUGCGUGGCGAAAGCAAUUAGACGGCAUAGGAGCACUACCUUUUCCACAGCUUAUGUCAGCAGACUACCAGCCGGAGGCAGAUAUGGAGAUCUCGCACAGAAUUUCUGACUUGCGCUGGCCAAAAACAGAUAUAACGCCGUCUACACUAGUUCGGGCGGCAUGGUCAAUCGUGACUUGGAAAUACACCGGCUCUAGCGAUGUCAUUUUUGGAGCGACUGUUUCGGGGAGACAGGCAGCCGUGUUAAAAGUUGAGCAGAUGACGGGGCCAACGAUAGCCAGUGUACCAGUUCGAGUGAUUAUAAAUCCGGAGGAGGCCGUCAGCGAACUAUUAGGACGAAUACAAGAGCAAGCCAUAGAAACCGUGCCCUUUGAACAAAUGGGCCUACAAUGGAUACGACGGCUAAACAAUGACGCAGAGCGGGCGUGUCAAUUCCAGACUUUACUCGUUAUUCAGCCCGCUAACCAGAAGGCCGAACAGAGUACUCUAUUUGAAGAGGCCGAUGAUAGCUGGGAACUUGGUGCGUUUAACCCAUAUGCCAUUCUGUUGGAAUGCCGAUUGAAAGAUGAUGGAGCCCUCCUUCGUAUCAGUUUCGACUCGAAUGUUAUAGACGAGAUGCAGGUCAACAGAAUAGCGCACCAACUUGAACACACAUUACGUCAACUAUCCUUGACUAGAAACGCCACAAUGAAGCUGGCAGCAGUAGAGGUGGCUAGUGAGGAUGACCUGCGUGAUAUUUGGAGCUGGAAUGCUGCAGUACCAGAGGCAGUGGAGGGAUGUGUACACGACCUGAUUGCCAAGACGGUUCGAAGACAGCCAGAAGCCCCAGCAAUAUGUGCAUGGGACGGGGAGUUAACAUACGGGGAGCUUGAUACUCUAUCAAGACGCCUGGCAUCUCGACUCCGCAGUUUAGGCGUUGGUCCAGAAGUAAUUGUCCCGCUGUCUUUCGAUAAAUCGAUGUGGGUGCCUGUCGCGAUGCUAGGGGUGUUGAGGGCUGGAGGUGCAUUCGCAAUGCUCCCUCCUUCUUUGCCAAGCGCCAGACUCGGUCUUCUCCUAAAAGCUAUCAACCCGAAAGUUAUCGUCACAACUUCUCGGCAUGCUAGUAUUUUUACGGAAGUCCCAACGAUAUAUCCUCAAGAUUGUGCAGACGAAGACGACAGCAGCUGUUUCGAACCAAGUAAUAUUCGGCCAUUUAAUACUGCUGCGGUGCUCUUUACCUCCGGUACAACUGGUGCACCUAAGGGCAUCUUAUUAGACCACCGAUGCCUAUCAACCACGGCACAGUAUCUUGGCAGGGACUUCCAGGCCAGUACUUCGACUCGAGUAUUUCAGUUUGCGUCAUACUUGUUUGACGUAAGCAUACACGAAACAUUUAUGUCCCUAUUGUAUGGGGGUUGCCUCUGCGUCCCCUCUGAGGCAGAUAAAGAAAACAACACCAGUAGCGCCUUGGUGAAUUUGAAGGCCAAUUGGGCGUGCUUGUCACCUUCUGUAGCAAGAGCCAUUCCCACAGAGAAUGUCUAUACCCUACGAACCCUUGUGUUCGCUGGAGAAGCUCUCAAGAAAGUAGAUGUCGUUCGAUGGGCAGAUAAGGUAACAAUAUUCAACUGGUACGGUCCAGCAGAGUUCUCGCUAUGCACAAGUACCCCUGUUGUAUUUCCGGCAUGGAGAAGCGGCUCGAUCGGAUAUGGCUCCAGUGGCACCUGCUGGGUUAUUGACAAAGACGAUCCAGAAUGCCUGACACCCGUCGGUGCCAUCGGAGAACUGGCUACAGAAGGUCCAGGUAUGAUGAAGGGUUAUCUCAACGAUCAAGAGAAGACGGCAGCAGUUACCAUUAAGAAUCCGAGAUGGCUUGUGCGUGGCCAAUCUUAUCACCCCGGCCGACAUGGUCGACUAUAUCGUACCGGAGACUUAGUGCGUUAUAAUGCUGAUGGCUCGCUCACAUAUGUUGGUCGCAAGGAUGCGCAAGUAAAGAUCCGAGGAAUGCGAGUAGAAUUGGGAGACGUUGAGCAUCACGUCCUUCAGAAUCUAAACCUUCCAGGUUUAACUGAUGCUCAAGUCGUAGCCGAAGUAAUUACACCACGCGGGAGUAGCAACCCUACACUGGUGGCCUUCGUCAAGAGUAAUGGGGAAGACAGGGUAAUCGAAGCUAGGCCUAUCGAGAAAAGCCUUUUAGCUGGAUUAGAAAAGCGGCUAGCAGAAACAUUACCGCGCCACAUGAUCCCAUCAGUAUAUCUCACGAUAGGAAAGAUACCAAUAACACCAAAUGGCAAAGCAGACAGACGAAAGCUUCGCGCAAUCGGAGACUCGCUCACGAUACAACAGCUCACUACAUCCACUUCGAUGGUGCGAGGAAAGCGUCGGCGGCAGUCCAUGACGCCAACAGAAAGACAGUUGAAGAAAUUGUGGGCACCAAUUCUCGGCGUAAAUGUCGAUAUCGCGGUAGAGGACAGCUUCCUCCAGAUAGGUGGAGACUCUAUUGCGGCGAUGCGGUUAGUAGCUGCCGCACGAGAACAUGGACUAUCCUUUACAGUCGCCGAUGUUUUUAAGAGACCUCGACUAUGCGAUCUCGCCACCGUUGCAGUGGCAGUCGUAUUGGAUAAGGAGAAGGCUACUAAGGUUGCUGUUGAAGCAUUUUCAUUGCUCAACGACCAGGUAGACCUCAGGGCGUUCGUUCGGGAGGAAAUAUCUCCGCAUCUUCGUUCGAAUUUCACCGUAUCAGUCUCCGACGCAUUUCCAGUCACGCAUUGGCAGGCCACAUGCAUUAAUCUCGCGUUGAAGACCCCUCCUCAGCAGUGGCAUCAUUUCUGGCUUGACCUCCCUCGUUCGAAUAGCACGACCAAGAUUGAUAGAGUCUGUGAGCUUCUGUGGGAUAACCUAGAUAUUCUCAGAGUGGUUUUCAUACGCUCUAGAGGUCAGUAUCUUCAAGUCCUACCAGAAGGACUCCGGCCAAUAAUCCUUCAUUAUUCUACUAAUGGAACUAUUGACGAACUUACCUCUAAAAUCUGUGGCGAAGAUCUUCGGCAUCCUGGCACACUCGGAACCCCCUUUACGAGAUUCCAUGUCCUUUCUGGUCCUCAAGGUGCGCAGCGGUUAAUAGUUAGGUCGUCACAUGCGCAAUAUGACGGAACGACCCUCAUUCAUAUGAUGCGUUUCGUUAGCGCAUUUUACAAGAAUGAGCAACUACCCCCAUCGCCAACCUUUUCAGCGUUUAUUCAAUACGCAUUCAACAAUAAACGUCGUUCUCGGAAGUAUUGGAAGUCGUUUCUUCAAGGCUCAGUCCUUACGAAAUUCGAGCGAGAACCACUAUAUAACGACACUGUUGGUACAUCCGGGUCCCUAGUGAUAGAGAGACUAGUUCGUAUGCCGCAUACGUUUAGUGGCUUCACCCCCGCAACCAUUUUCACAUCCGCGUGCGCAGUAUUCCUUUCAGAGGCCACGAAAUCAUCAGAUGUAACAUUUGGUCGAUUAGUAUCCGGACGGGCUAUGGUACCAGUCCAUUUGCGAGAUACGAUCUUCUCGUGGAGUGGAUUAUGGUGUAUAUUAAUAGCUAUUGGUGGACGUUGA